AUUUCCCCGACUCGAACCAACGGUCAUACUGCGUCGGCCAUUUGUCAUUGCGAGCGUGACAAAAAUAAGUUCUCUGAAAAUCGAAAUAGUUUGAAGCGUCUGAUUUAAACUGGAGAAAAUGGGAUCACGCAACGAGUGCCGUAUUUAUGUGGGCAACCUUCCGCCGGAUAUACGCACCAAGGAUAUCCAGGACCUGUUCCACAAGUUCGGCAAAGUUACUUUCGUCGAUCUGAAAAAUCGGCGUGGGCCGCCAUUUGCUUUUGUUGAGUUCGAAGAUGCGCGCGAUGCCGACGAUGCGGUGAAGGCGCGCGACGGCUACGACUACGAUGGGUAUCGUCUGCGAGUGGAGUUCCCCCGGGGCGGUGGUCCUGGAAGUUACCGCGGCGGCAAUCGCAACGACCGCAGCCGCGACGGUGGCGGACGCAUGGGCGGACGCGGACCGCCAGCCAAGCGCUCGCAGUACCGCGUCAUGGUUACUGGACUGCCCGCCUCCGGAUCGUGGCAAGAUCUCAAGGAUCACAUGCGCGAGGCCGGCGACGUCUGCUUCGCAGACACAUACAAGGAUGGUUCCGGCGUUGUUGAGUUCCUGCGCCACGAGGACAUGAAGUACGCAAUCAAGAAAUUGGACGACUCUCGCUUCCGUUCGCAUGAGGGCGAGGUUGCCUACAUUCGCGUACGCGAGGAUAGCGGCGAUAACGACAGAGGCGGUGGUGGUGGCGGCAGUGGUGGAGGUGGUGGCGGCAGCGGCGGAGGUGGAAGCCGUGACUACCGCGACAGAUCCCGUUCGCGCUCAUUCUCGUCGAGGCCGCGCCGUCGUGGUACUCCCACAUACUCCCCAGUGCGACGUCAAUCCUAUUCCAGGUCUCGCUCACGUUCUAACUAUUAAACACAACUAAGCAUUAUCCAUUAAUCUAUAAUAUUUCAACGAGCAGGAAACAGGAAAAGCAAGCUAUAUUAGGAAAUACCAAUCAAUAUUUGUUCAAGACCCCUCAAAUACCCCAAUUGUAAAUUUAUUUGUAAAUUGAAAUCAACGACCAAUCAAGUUUGUUCAGUCAAGUUGAGAACUCUCACCGAAGCCAACAUAUUUAAAAAAACACUUGCUUUUCCAAUUUAUCACACGUUCUAAGAAGCAGAAAUGUUCUCUUAAGCUAUAAUCCACCGGGCAAAAUUUAACAAAAACACUCCUAAAAUGACAACUGUAAACCAAGGAAUUCUCUUUGGCCACAAGCGCUCGGCAUUCCUUGAUUUGCUUUUGUUUUAUUUUGAGCCUUUGCUCAGUCUGCUUCCUACAUAUUAUAUUAUAAAUCUUAUUUUGGCUGCACGUUUUCCAAGAUAAUUUAUUAGAAUUUACCUUAACGAAAACAAGAAACAUCGAUACAGAAUAAAUAUGUUUGUAAUGAGAGAAAGAAAUGAAACAGAAAUCCGAACACAACGCAAUGUCAACCACAUUGAUGAGCAAACUAUUAAUACUUUAA